AUGCCUAGAGGCUCUAAUGUGCGCUUUUUGUCUGUUGAUCUAUUUCGAACACUUAUUAUUCCUAAAGAGGAUAUUGCUAAAAGCUAUGCCCAUUUUGGAAAAUUAUAUCUAAACUAUGAGUUUGAUCACUGUACUCUUAUGUCAAAAUUCAACGAGUCCUACGGUGUUGUAGAAAAAAGGUGGCCGAAUUUUGGUCAGCGAGACGGCAUCAAUUCUAAACGAUGGUGGAAUGAAGUGAUUGUACAAUCCCUAGCCGGAAGCUCUCCCUUUAGUGAGGCCUACGUUCGACGAAUUCUUAAAGUAAACGUUACUAACCGAAUAUACGACUGGUUUGCAAGUGACGAGGCUUGGGAGGUUUUACCCAAUGCAGUAGAGGGUUUGUGUAACUUGGUUGAAGCGGGUGUUCAUUUAAGCGUCCUAUCGAAUUCGGAUGAAAGGACUCCAGUUUUGUUAAAAGCACUAAAUCUUAGCAGGUUUUUUCACUUUGUAUUGUUCUCCAGCUGCUGUGACUUUAUGAAACCAGAUCGGAGGAUUUUUGAACUUGUCUGUAGCCGUUUUUUUGAUUUUGUGGGCGACCACAAAACUCCGGUGAGAGAUCGUAUGCUCCAGUACGCGCACGUGGGUGAUUCUGAACAUCGCGAUUAUUGGGGAGCAAGAAAGGCUGGAUGCGGACUUGCUUUUCUGUUAAAACCGAGUGAAGGGUGUAAGAAAAGUAGCUUGGACAAGGACACUUUCCCAACAAACGCGUCUCUUCAUUUCAAUUCCUUUACAUCCUGGGUCAAUUCCGACAGUCGUCUACCUUUUUCGGACGGCCUAGUUCCCGCUGAGCACAUUAUUUGCUCUCUAACUGAUCUCGUGGAGCGAUUAAAUCUUCAAAAGGGAAAUGUGCUGUGA